AUUGGGGCUUAUAGAGAAAAUUUCCAGAACCCGCGAGUUAAAUUGAGUCCAGAUGCUCAAUUUUACUAUGUUAACCGGAAAAUGUUUCAGGGGUUCGACCACGAGACCUUUCACAUGGACAGCAGCCUCUCCUCAUUGAUUCAUCCCGAUCAGCACCGUCGCGAUUGCUUCACUCAGUACCGCGACAUGAAAGCCAUGGAUCCAAUUGAACUGUUAGGGAUACUUCCAACUUGCAGCUUCGGGAACUUCUGUUUCAAGAAGUAUUUGGCAAUUGUUCAUCCUAAAAUGGAGGAGUCGUUAUUCGGGGACUUGGAGCAGCGCCGCCUAGUUUUGGCCGGAAACCACCCCAGGAGUCAAUUUUAUGGGGAGUUUUUGGGCCUUGCUAAGGCAGUUUGGCUGCUACAUUUGCUGGCAUUUUCGAUGGACCCACCGUCUAGUCAUUUUGAGGCGACUAAGGGAGCUGAUUUCCAUCCGCAGUAUAUGGACAGUGUGGUGAGGGUUCCUGGUGGUGGACGAACGGGUGGUGGCGUGCCUCAGGUGGUGGGCUUUCCGGUGAGUCUUGGGUUUAAGCUUGGAAGUGGGUCGCUAAUUAAAGCUGGGGUAUACCUUGUUCCCAAGUACUAUUUAACCUAGUUAAAACUUCGAAGACAUGGACGAGGUCGAGCUCUGAGGUGCUUCGGUUAUGGAAGUUUUCUCGGCUAUAGUAGAUUCAAGUCUUCGGUCAGUAGAUUUGUUUAAGGGUGCAUAAUUCCUCUGUAUCUUAAGAGAAUUAAUCACUAUGU